AAUUUGCCGCGUGUCGGCUCCAACGAUGAGACCAAGCCGCUGCUGUGGCACCACCCCACUCCAUCCUCAGGGCUGGUGGCUGGUUUGACGGUUUUCCUUUCCCCCAGUUUUCCCGCCCUCGCGCGGCUUCAAAAAAAUUGUGCCGGCCCCGCAGCCCCUGCACCAGGCCCGUCGUCUCCUCGGCUCUAUACAAACGGAACGGACGGACGGACACAUUGUCGCGGCGCAGACCUGGGAGAGGAGCAGGAGCGGCCAGUCAGCGGAGCGGAUAGGAGGCAGGAGGAGUCGCGCCGGAGAUGGACACGCCCGACCGCGCCGCCGCGCAGUCCGCGGCCACGCGCACCGAGGACUCGCCGGUGUUCAGCUUCCUCAACAACCUGUCGCCCAUCGAGCCUCUCAGGUCGUCGGCCUACAGCACCAACAGCCUCCAGGGGUUCCAGUCCAUCAACAUCACGUCCAUCUCCUCCAUCUUCACCUCCCCGCACGACAACGUGAGCAAGGAACCGAGGCUCCCAAAGAGCCCGCUUGGUGAAAUUUCUGACAAGGAGGUUCGUGCCGACGCCGCCGGUACGAACGAGCCACCCGAGCCUUCGAACGCGGCCAGGUUGUUUGCCUGCACUAGCACCGUGACUCGAGAAACGCGCACGGGUACAUGUACGGGCGUGGCUGGUCCUCCUCCCACCACCGGGGGGCCAUGUGAUCUGGCCCUGCCUCGUCAGUUCGACAAUAACGGCAGUCCAGACCACAACACGACGCCCUGCCACGGUGUCAGGUCAGACCUUAAACAGGACAAGGCUAGGAAGCUGCUACAAGCUGCACAGAACGCUAAAAAAAACGCGCUGGAGAAGAGGAAGUGCUUGUUUUCCACCGAAGUCCGGCUCCUGGACGGCGGCGGCGGCGGCGGCGGAGAGCCUGGGAGUGACAGUGAUGGAGUCUUGGGAUGCGAGUGGUCCGACUUAGUCUCCCCGACCUCAGCGAAGCUUUUGGCCUUCGACGCCACGAUGGACGAGCAUCACAGAGGAGUGCAUUUGGCGGCUCAGAACGCAGAGUCGUGUGGGUAUUUGCUGUCGAAACUUGCCGGAGACGGUGGCGUAUCGGACGGAGCAUAUCCUACUGCGUCUGCUCAGGUAUACUAUCAGGAACUUGUGAUGGGAGAAGAUCAGUCAGAGAACGCCGCUCCUCAAAUGGACGCUCAGGAAACCAUCUCAGCCGAAGAAACCCAGGAUAAUAUCUAUGAAGCGGAUGUGUGUGUUCCAUUAGAGUACAAGGUAGUGGAGAGCCAACAGCAGCGUGGCAUACGGAGACGCUGCCUGGUCUUCGAGGCAGCUGGUGGGUUUUCGAAUAGCGCUGUGAAAAGGGGGACUAUUGAAGAUCGCUCGGUCUCAACAUGUAGUAAGGGCAAAAGCCCUGCGGAAAGCCAGCCGCGUGGACUGCGAGGCAUCGGGCUUCAUCUGAAUGCGCUUGCGUUAACACCAAAGGGGAAAAUGGCCUGUCAGGAUCCUCCUCCUACGGCUUCUGCUCUCCUUCCAUCGUCAGCGUCUGAAAAGGAUGCGCGUGGCGAGCUGCUUUGUGCAGGAGAGAAUUUCGCACACUCGGGCGGUGAGCUGUUGGAGUUUCCCUUGGAUGGUUGUUCGGCUGGAGGAGGGUUUCCUGUAAAUGACCAUCAUGUCUCAGGUCAGAGCGUCAGCCCUCAAAAGAAGAGACGGAAAACGGAUAAUGGCGAUGAUGGUGAGGCAUGCAAGCGAUGCAGCUGUAAGAAGUCGAAGUGCCUGAAACUUUACUGCGAGUGUUUCGCUGCUGGUGUGUACUGCUCAGAACCUUGUUCGUGCCAAGGAUGUAUGAACAAGCCCAUACACGAGGAAACCGUCCUCUCCACUCGGAAGCAGAUAGAGUUUCGUAACCCGCUAGCGUUUGCUCCGAAAGUGAUCCGCAUGUCUGAUGCCGGUCUGGAAACAGGGGAAGAUCCUAACAACACUCCGGCUUCGGCUCGUCACAAGAGAGGAUGCAAUUGUAAGAAGUCAAGCUGUCUCAAGAAAUACUGUGAAUGCUACCAGGGAGGUGUUGGAUGCUCGAGCAACUGCAGAUGUGAGAGUUGCAAAAAUGCUUUUGGCAGAAGAGAUGCCGAGACUGAACUCCCUGAAGAAAUGAAACAAGAAGAAAGUGACCAGACAGAAAAUCCUCAACAAGAAAAGGAGAACGAUCAACAAAAAGCAAAUGUACAGGGCGAGGAUCACCCGCUCCUGGACCUUGUCCCAAUAACACCGCCUUUUGAUUUUUGCAGUUCUCUGCUCAAACUGCCAAAUUUCUCAAGCGCAAAACCGCCGAGACCGACCAAGGCUCGCAGCGUGACCUCCCGCUCGUCUGCUUCGAAAGCCACUGCAGCAGUACAGCCUUGUAGAUCAUCCAAGCUUGCUGCUAGUGCUAGUGCUAGUGGUAUCGAUGAGGAGACGCCAGAUAUCCUGCACGAACCUGACUCUCUCAGUAACUGUGUCAAGACUACUACUUCACCGAACGGAAAACGGGUCUCGCCGCCACAUAACGCGCUCGGCAGCUCCCCGAACCGAAAAGGUGGCAGGAAGUUGAUACUCAAGUCAAUUCCCUUGUUCCCGUCACUCACGGGAGACACAAACAGCGGCUCUGCAAUGAACAGCACUGAUAGCGCAUUCUGCGCGUCACCUCUCACUUUAGGACCAUCUUAAAGCUGUGAAGUUGGUGGCCAUGGGACCGGAGUACGACUUGUAGUCCGAACACGUGUGCCUCGUAUCCUACGGCAAGGCUCGAGGUACUGUAGACUGUAGUAAGUUAGGCUUUUUAAAGUUGUAGUAAUCUGUAUUUGUAAAAUAUGUAGACUCAAUAAUCUGUAUGUAAGAUGCUGCGAUGGGUGAAGCUGUUUAUCUUUAUCAAAUUGUAGCAACAUUACAGAUCACCUCUUGAGUAGGUUUCACAGUUCCACCCCCUGUCUUUCUUUUUUUUUUUUUGGAAAGGAAUCCGGUCCAUGUUUUCCAUUGCAA